AUGUUGGAAGAUGAGAAGAGUGCGCGUCUUACCUGCAAAAAUGCCAUUCGCAUGCCUACCGGAUGCGAGAAACAAUUUUUGAUCAAACGAUUCGAUUUGUGUGACAAUGGCGUCGAUUAUCCUUGCAAAAUUUUCUCGCAUUUCGUCACGAAAAAGGACACUCAACUUUUGACAGCCAACAUGACUUUGGGUGAAGAGUACGGCCACAACACCAAUACUGAGUUGCAAAUGUUUACGGUUUUCUCCGAGAAAGAAAUUAAAGUGAUGGGAGUUAAUGAUACGUUUUGUAAAUUAACAAGGAGGUAUUUGGGGCCCUUUAUGAACGAUUUGGAAAAAGCGGCCCAGAUUUUGCCAGGGACUUGCCCGAUUCCGAAGCUCCUAAGGGGGUAA